AUGGCGGAAACCCUUGGCCUAGCGGCAAGCGUCAUUGCUGUUGUGGACAUAGCCGCAAAGGUUGCUGGAGCCUCGAUAAAGCUCGCCAGCUUGUGGAGAGAGAUCAAUAAUGUCCCUCAUGCUCUGCUCGCAAAGGCAGAGCGUCUCCAAGAUUUUGAGGAAUUCCUUUUAGAAACCGAGAGCGACGUUGCUAAUAGCCCACUCCCGGAAAAGGUCUGGAACAGUGCUCAGUUACAGAAACGUAUCGAGAGAUCUCGUACACUUUUGAAAAGCUUACAAGAAAUGGUCGAUCAACUCCACAGCCAAGUCACGGAUCCGCGAAGAUAUAAGAGAAAGCUUGCGUCGACAAAGGCUGUCCUCCGAAAAGAGGACUUCUGCGCUUUAGACUCAAAGCUUAACCUGGUUUUGGAGCUAUUCAAGCUAGCGCAGCAACAUUAUCAGACGUAUGUCGUUCCCGAUCCAAAUUAUCUUACUGCAUCACUGACGACUGCUUGUUUUGUUUUACAGAUCACUGGCGUCCUACUCAGUGACGGUCUUACUGCAACAGGUGUCUGA